CCAACAAGGUAUGGAAGUUAAGGUGGAAAUGAAGGUGGAAGAUGCAUAUAGGAAGUCAAUGGAGACAGUGUUGAAUUGGAUACAAGAUACUGUAAAUCUUAACAAGAGUCAAGUUUUCUUUCGUACAUAUGCACCCGUGCACUUCAGAAGUGGAGAUUGGAGAAGCAGUGGAAGUUGUCAUUUGGAAACACUGCCAGAGCUUAACAUGUCAUUAGUGCCUAAUGAUAAUUGGUCACAAUUCAAAAUAGGCAAUUCAUUGCUAUCAUCACAUAAAAACAGCACUGAACUUGUCAAGUUGAAAAUAUUGAAUAUAAUAGAGAUGACAACUCAGAGAAAAGAUGGACACUCAUCAAUCUACUAUCUUGGUCCGAAUGGCGGCACGGCGGCACUCCAUCGGCAAGAUUGCAGCCACUGGUGUCUGCCCGGUGUACCUGAUACAUGGAAUGAGCUGCUUUAUGCAAUGUUCAUGAAACAUGAAGGCUUCUCAUAGCAAGGAACUUCAAAGAGUCAUGGAAGCA